AUGGGAGCGUCGGCCAAUGAAUUCCCAUUACUGUCGGCGCUGGGCUUGUACGCUGCUGAGAUCCGAGGUGAUGGCAACUGUCUCUUCAACGCCCUUUCCGACCAACUGUACGGGCACCAGAAUCAGCACGCUGCCAUUCGUUCACGUGUGAUCGACUACAUGCGAGAGCAUGCAACCUACUACAAACAAUUCAUCGAUGUCCACCCAGGCGGUGGUAUCAGAAGGAAUCCGAAACGCAAGAAUGCCGGAGCCUACUCGACACCGGCGAACAUCCCUCCACCAACAGAGGCGGACAUUGACCGAGUCUUCGAAAGCCACCUCUUGUCCAUGGCACAAGGAGGCACCUACGGGGACAACAUGGAGAUCACUGCCUUCUCCUCAGCGUACGAUGUCGACGUUAAGAUCUACCAAAGGGACUUCGCCUACAUGGUGACUGGAGGCGGUCCCGAGUACAGAGCGAGGCCCGUUGCACACAUCGCAUAUCACAUGUGGGAGCACUACUCUUCCAUACGCAACCUCGAUGGACCGCAUACCGGCAUGCCUGGAGUG